AGCCCGGCUCGCUCAAGCUCGCCGCACCCGCCGGCCCCCAGCCGCGAGAUCUUGGCGAGUGCCGCUUCACUGGGCUGCUGCUCCGGCCUCGAGUUUCCUUGCUUUGGUCGUCAUCCACGACGCACACACGUCUCUGGUGUUUUUUAAAAACCUUUCCAAAGAAAUAGAAUAAGCGUCAAGCUGGCGGGAACGAUGGGUCACAUAAAGAAAGGCGAGCUGACCCAGGAGGAAAAGGAACUGUUGGAAGUGAUCGGAAAAGGUACCGUCCGAGAAGCCGGGACACUGUUGUCUAGUAAGAAUGUUCAUGUCAACUGCUUGGAUGAGAAUGGAAUGACUCCUUUAAUGCAUGCGGCAUAUAAGGGAAAACUUGAAAUGUGCAAAUUGCUUCUGCGACACGGAGCUGAUGUCAACUGCCACCAGCAUGUGCAUGGGUAUACGGCCCUCAUGUUUGCCGCACUGUCUGGUAAUAAAGACAUCACCUGGGCCAUGCUGGAGGCGGGCGCAGAGACGGACGUUGUGAACUCGGUGGGAAGAACGGCCUCCCAGAUGGCAGCCUUUGUGGGUCAGUAUGAUUGCGUGGCUAUCAUCAACAAUUUCUUCCCUCGAGAGAGACUCGAUUAUUACACCAAACCCCAGGGACUGGAUAAGGAGCCAAAACUGCCUCCAAAGUUGGCAGGCCCACUGCAUAAAAUCAUCACCACGACGAAUCUCCACCCUGUCAAGAUCGUGAUGCUCGUGAGUGAGAACCCUCUGCUGGCAGACGCAGCCGCUCUCGGUAAAUGCUACAAGGUGAUGGAUUUGAUCUGUGAGAAAUGCAUGAAGCAAAGAGACAUGAAUGAAGUGCUGGCUAUGAAAAUGCACUAUAUCAGCUGCAUCUUUCAGAAAUGCAUUACCUUCCUCAAGGAAGGGGAGAAUAAGCUGGAUGCCCUGAUCAAAAGCUUGUUGAAAGGCAGAGCGUCGGACGGCUUCCCAGUGUAUCAGGAAAAGAUCAUCAGAGAGAGCAUCAGGAAGUUUCCCUACUGCGAAGCUACACUCCUCCAGCAGCUGGUGCGAAGCAUCGCUCCAGUUGAAAUCGGUUCUGAUCCCACGGCGUUCUCUGUACUUACCCAAGCCAUCACAGGACAAGUGGGCUUCGUGGAUGUUGAAUUUUGUACCACCUGUGGAGAAAAAGGAGCGAGCAAAAGAUGUUCUGUCUGUAAAAUGGUGAUAUAUUGCGACCAGACCUGCCAGAAGACGCACUGGUUCGCACAUAAGAAGAUGUGUAAGAGUCUGAAAGAUGUUUAUGAGAAGCAGCAGACCGAAGCUGCCAAACAUAAGAGGCAGGAGGAAGCGAAUGCCAAUUCUAACCAUGUUAAUGAAGAUCAACCAGAGGCUGAAGUGGGUGUCUCUCACGAAGAUUCCACUCCUGGCGAGUCUGUGGAAAGGGAGGAGGAAGCCAGCAAGGAGGCUGAACUGGGCAGUGCACAGGACGCUCCUGCAGGGCCACAGCUGUCCGAGGAGUAGAAGCUGUCGACAGUGGCCAGCCUGGGUGGACUUCAUCCUGGCAGAUGGCUGCAGAACUCAUGUGAAUGUACCUUCAUUGGCCCUGACACUGCAUGGCACAGUGGCAGGAUUGCACAUCCCUAGAAUAGAGGCUUUCAAGCAAAGCUGCCUCCCACGCCAUGAUUUCCUGUUGAUUUCUGUUCUAUAAUUGGACAGGCAUUUCUGCGGAUAAAAAAAAUUUUUUUUUCAAAAUACCCCCAAACAAGUCCAUUCCUUUGCUGGCUCCCCAGUGAUUGUACACAAAGGAAAGUAAAUCACUUUAAAGAAGAAAUCUGGGUUCUAGGGAACAAAGAAAAGAACAGGGAAGAUGUGAAAGAGAAGUGAUGUUUAGGGAAGAAGGAAUCGUGGGCACAGAGAUGGGCAGUCAGAGAAACAAAACGUACCUGUGAAUGUUGUCCUGAAGUUGUACAUACAAAGCUAUCAUGAGGAAUUCUCCAUGUUCCUAAAGCUUUGUCAUAUACAGUUCAGCCUGCUGUAGUUUACAUAGGAAUUUUCGAGAGCACUUUGAACCCCGCGUUCCUUGCAGCGAUACUCUGCAUGAUUUGAACAAUCAGAAAGGUUGGAUCCAACCCUGGGUAGUCACCGUACACACUUCCUGUAGAGCCACCCCUGUACCAUACUCUACCCAGAAGACCAACUCUUACCUUCCCAUCAGCUUUUCAUGACCCUCCUCCUACCCAGAAACAGAUUUAUAGCUGUCAUUUCGAGAAUGUCCCAUUCUGCGUUUUCAGUGUAUGUGGCUUGUAAGCAAAGCGGGAGUGUCGUGUCUGAAGAAAGUGCUGUCUUUCCGUUUCCUCUGUUGGCUUUAAAAUAAAUCUACCUACAUACACAGUUCA